CCUGAACGCACCGCCAGUCGGCUCUCUGCUUUCACUAUGGCCGCCACGACUCGCCGAGGAGGACAACUUCUACAUCCCGACCAGGAAACUGUGCCGAGGCAAUAAGUUGCCGCAGCCGCCCUCCCUGGAGCACAACGAGGCGAUGACAGCGCAGUCGGUCGGCGGCGAGUGCUGACGUUUCCCACCCCCGCCCGUGGACGUUAACGCGGCACGCGGAGCCAUAUAAAGAAACUCCCCUGCUUUAUUUUUCCGCGACCGUGCCUGUCACUUUAGCCGGCUAGCUGCCGUACUUACACUGCCGUCUUCCGGCCAACGCGCCGCACUCGCGGGGAAAAAGACGGGACUAUGCUUUUUUGGUUUCCACUUGGAACGGGACCUGCUCGAGGCGGGUGCGGAGAGAACGUCCGGAGGGCCCCCCGCGGAUAAGUUUGUGAGCGCUCAUUAGCCUAGCCUAGCCUAGCCUAGCCUAGCCAAUUAGCAUUUUAGUUACACAAGCCGCGCUGCUAAUCCACACAUCAUCAUCGGCAUUACCGGGGGUUACUUCAAGGAGCCGAGGGUGGGGGAUUUAACCCCGCUACUUAGCACACCCUGCAGCCCUUCUGUUCAUCCCCUUCCUGACGGUUGUUUUUUUAUUGGAAUAACAAUUGCAAACUGUCAGAUUGUGUAAGAAACACAAAACUGCAGCUUUCACCGGGGUGGUGUCUGAUGUGUAUGCAAACUUAUUUGCAAACUGUCAGAUUGUGUAGUAAAUACAACACUGCAGCGUUCACCGGGUUGGUGUCUGAUUUGUAAGCAAACUUAAUUGCAAACUGUCAGAUUGUGUAGUAAAUACAAAACUGCAGCGUUCACCGGGGUGGUGUCUGAUGUGUAUGCAAACUUAAUUGCAAACUGUCAGAUUGUGUAGUAAAUACAACACUGCAGCGUUCACCGGGUUGGUGUCUGAUUUGUAAGCAAACUUAAUUGCAAACUGUCAGAUUGUGUAGUAAAUACAAAACUGCAGCGUUCACCGGGGUGGUGUCUGAUUUGUAAGCAAACUUAAUUGCAAACUGUCAGAUUGUGUAGUAAAUACAAAACUGCAGCGUUCACCGGGGUGGUGUCUGAUUUGUAAGCAAACUUAAUUGCAAACUGUCAGAUUGUGUAAGAAAUACAAAACUGCAGCGUUCACCGAGGUGGUGUCUGAUUUGUAAGCAAACUUAAUUGCAAACAGUCAGAUUGUGUAGUAAAUACAAAACUGCAGCGGUCACCGGGGUGGUGUCUGAUUUGUAAGCAAACUUAAUUGCAAACAGUCAGAUUGUGUAGUAAAUACAAAACUGCAGCGGUGGUGUCUGAUGUUGAUUCAAACUGCAAGAAUGGACGCUGUAUUUUGUUGAAGUUGGACUUGGACAUGCUAUUGACUUUGGUGGACAAGUGGGCAGUUUGAACAGAGGACACACCGAGGGCUAAAAGAUCUCAUUAGUAGUUGCAACCCCCUCCCUCCCCCUCUCCCUUUCACACCUCCCCUGCAGUACUGGAAUAGUUUGAUGGACGCGGGGGGCUGUUUGCCAGACGGUCCCUUCUAUAGUCAGUCAUGUAUGUCUUGACACAUACACCUAGUGCCUGCUGUCGGAACCCGGUGUGGGUUUGUCCGUGGACGACUCCUUCACAAACACAAGACAAUGCGUAUUAGUUAGUGCCUAGCCAGAGACUGCGUUGGAGAUUAACCUUAACCACGCUGCCUACACACAGGCCAGCAGGCCACUGAUUAUUAGUCGUCGAGGAAUUUGACGUUGACGCCUGCCACUCUGGAUCAAGAAAACCCGCCCCUCGUGUCCGGUUGGAGUAACACCCUCAAGCCCAAAUCAAUGCCUUCAGCGCUGGCCGUGUUCGCCUGCCGACCCAACUCGCACCCGUUCCAGGAGAGGCAUGUGUACCUGGAUGAGCCCGUCAAGAUCGGCAGGUCGGUGGCUCGGUGUCGGCCGGCCCAGAACAACGCCACCUUCGACUGCAAGGUGCUGUCCAGGAACCAUGCCUUGGUUUGGUUCGACCACAAGACCGGCAAGUUCUACCUGCAGGACACAAAAAGCAGCAAUGGCACGUUCAUCAACAGCCAGAGGCUGAGUCGCGGCUCGGAGGAGAGUCCACCCUGCGAGGUUCUUUCUGGAGACAUCAUUCAGUUUGGCGUCGACGUCACUGAGAACACACGCAAAGUCACACAUGGCUGCAUCGUGUCAACAAUCAAACUCUUCCUGCCCGAUGGGAUGGAGGCACGCAGACGAAGCGAUGUCAUCCAGGCGCCGCUGCCGCUGCCUGUAGACAAGGUUGCGGCCAACACUCCCAGUAUGUAUUCUCAGGAACUCUUCCAGCUCUCCCAGUAUCUACAGGAGGCCUUACACAGGGAGCAGAUGUUGGAGCAGAAGCUGGCCACCCUACAGCGUCUGCUCGUCAACACUCAGGAGGCCUCGGAGAGCAGCUGGCAGGCUCUGAUUGAUGAAGACCGUUUGCUGUCCAGGCUGGAGGUGAUGGGCAGUCAACUGCAGGCUUACUCAAAGUCCCAGACAGAGGACGGCAUUCGGAAAGAGCUCCUUGCUCUCCAGGACGACAAACACAACUAUGAGACCACGGCCAAAGAGUCUCUCAGGAGAGUCCUGCAGGAGAAGAUCGAGGUGGUCAGAAAGCUGUCGGAGGUGGAGCGCUCGCUGAGCAACACGGAAGACGAGUGCACCCACCUGAAGGAAAUGUCUGAGAGGAGCCAGGAGGAGCUGAGGGAGCUGGCCAACAAAUACAACGCUGCAGUCAAUGAAAUCAAAGAGCUUACAGACAAAAUAAAGGAAGCGGAGGGCCGCCAAGAGGAGCUGACCCAGCGGGGGGCGUCGGAGAAGCGAGCGCUGGAGUUGCGUAUCGAGGAGAUGGAGGAGAAGGAGCAGGUUCUCCAGGCUCGCAUUGAGGCUCUACAGGCCGACAACGACUUCACCAACGAGAGGCUCGCCGCCCUGCAGGUGCGCUUAGAGCAGCUCCAAGAGAAAAGCAUUAAGGAAAACAACAGUCUGGAUGAGGACUUAGGCUCCCCUGAAGCGGGAGAGGAGCCCGCGGAGGAGGGUCCAAGCUUGGAGACACCCGAGAGCCAUGAGGAAGAAGAAGAGGAAGAUGAGGAGGACACCGACACAGACGAGGGUGCAGUCGGUGAAGACGCAGAUGACAACUGUCACGUUAACAGCGGAGGAGACGCCACUCGAAUCCAACAGUUGAUUGAGUGUCCGCCAGUGAAACAGCUGAAGGAAGCAGUCAGUUCGUCAAUCCAUAAACUGGCCAACUUUGAUGACACCCACCUGCAGAACAACCAGACAGCAGAAGACAACAUCCUCACCAGCCCGGAUCGUCUUAAAGGAAACCAGAUGGAUGCCAAAGAGUCGGACAUGUCGGACACGCUGAGUCCAAGCAAAGACCGCAGCAGUGACGACACAUCAGACGGCAACAUGGACGACCAGGAGCUCAAUGAACCACUCAACAGAGUAGCUCUUCUUAAAGCUGAGUUGCAUCGGGCUGGCUUAGAACCAGGUGACACGGAACAGGUCAUCCACCACCUCCACAGGGAGCUUCUGGAGGCCCAGGAACUAGCCAACACUGGCAAACAAAAAUGUCUGGACCUUCAAGCUUUGCUGGAGGAGGGGAGGAGGAAUAACUCUCAGCAGACCGAGGAGUCAACCAAACAGAUUCAGUACCUGCAGACUCAGCUUGGGAAGCUGCAGGCUGACAUGGAGGCUUUGAAGGAGCAGAGGGAGAACACCAUUUGUAGCACCCGAGAGGAGCUUUACUCAGCCCAGGAGGAGAUUCUCGUCUUGCGGCACGCCAUGGAGGCAGCCACAGCCGAGCGGGAGCGGGACAUCGCCGCCCUACAGGAGGACCUGGGUGGUGUGCGGUCCGAGCUGGAGCACUGGAGGAGCACCGCCGCCAAGUAUGAGGAAGAGAUCCGUCGGCUGCAGGAGGCCUUCACGCAGCAGCAGCAACAACAGCAGAACAACAGUCAGCUGCAUGUGGAGUGUGUUGCACUGCAAGAGCGGUGUGUGUCGUUGCAGCAAGACUGUGAAGGCCUGAGAAGUGAGAAGAAAACUCUUACGGACAAACUGCGCCAUCUGGAGUCAGAGUUGUACAGUACCAAAGCGCAGAGUCUGGUCCUCAACAGCAGAGUGGAGUCUUUGGGGAAGAGGGAAGAAGUUCUGCAGGACAAACUGGGUUCUUUGGUGAACCAGCACUUGCAGGACGCAAGUGAGCUUAAGAGCCAGCUGGACCGGGCCCAGGGCCACACACACACUCUACAGAGAGAGUAUGAAGACACACAGUCACAGCUGUCGGACCUUCGUCAGCGCUAUGAGCGAACAGAGCAGGAGAAGAAAAACAUCCACCAGGAGCUGGAGCAGUGUAGGAGCAGCCUGAAGAUGCAGCAGGACAAGAACAGCUCUCCAUCCAUACUGCAGCCUGUCCAAGCCAUAUUCAUGGGUCUUGUCCUGGCUCUGCUCUACUGGUGUUUCGGCCAGUUGUGGUAGAAAGGGCGGCUGGAGCCCCUGGAUGCCGGUCAUCGCAGUGAUGGUCGCCGUGACGGCAGCCUUUAUCUACCCCAAUCUCUCCAAGAGCAGCUCGGCGUAGCGCACACACACACACACACACACACACACACACACACACACACACACACACGCAGGCCACUGCUUUACUUGUAUAAAGUCGAAUUGUACAUAAUUGUAGAGGGAAUAUAAUGGUUGUGGUUUCUUACAGAUAUUUCUUUUGGUUUAUUUUGUCGAGCGACAGGAAAGUUUUUAGUUUAGUUUUCAAUCUGCUCUCUCUCAACUGCGGUGUUUUUUUUUUUGUUUGGUUCCGAGCAUCACGUCGGUUGGUUUUACGUCUGGCCGUCGCUCAGUCCUGUUGCUCAUCAGCUUCUGUGCGAUUCCAUGUUUUUGUCUUAAAAGAGGAUCUGCACUUUUUGGGGGAACUUUGUCUAUCGUUCACAAUCAAUAUGAAAGACAUUAUGAGGGCUGGAUUUUUUUUUUUUUUAAUGUAUUCUAAAUAUUAAAUACAUUUAUUAAAAAGUCAGCUUACAAUGGAGGCCAUAGGAGCCGUUUGAUUCUCUUAAAAAACAUCCAAACACCUCUAUUAAGCUUUUAUAUACAUUUAUAAUAACAUUAUUUACGUAUUUAUGCAUUAAUUUCGUAAAAGCAUCACAACCGUUGCUUUUUCUUCCCUCACUGAUUAUUACUCAAGUGCCAGGGGCGGUAUAGCUCGGUUGGUAGAGUGGCCGUGCCAGCAACUUCAGGGUUCCAGGUUCGAUCCCCGCUUCUGCCUUCCUAGUCACUGCCGUUGUGUCCUUGGGCUAGAAAUUUACCAACCUGCUCCCAGUGCCACCAGCAAUGGUUUCAAAAUGUAACUUAAAUAUUGGGUUUCACAAUGUAAAGUGCUAUAUAAAUAUACCGUAUUUUUCGGAGUAUAAGCCGCACCUGCCGAAAAUGCAUAAUAAAGAAGGGAAAAACGUAUAUAAGUCGCAUUUUUAGGGGAAAUUUAUUUGAUAAAAUCCAACAGCAAGAACAGACAUUUGAAAGGCAAUUUAAAAUAAAUAAAGAAUAGUGAACAACAGGCUGAAUAAGUGUAGGUUAUAUGAGGCAUAAAUAACCAACUGCUAUGUUAACCUAACAUAUUAUGGUAAGAAUCAUUCAAAUAACUAUAACAUAUAGAACAUGCUAUACCUUUACCAAACUAUCUGUCACUCCUAAUCCAUAAAUCCCAUGAAAUCUUAUACGUCUAAUCUCUUAUGUGAAUGAGCUAAAUAAUAUUAUUUGAUAUUUUACGGUAAUGUGAUAUUCAUUUCACACAUAAGUCGCUCCUGAGUAUAAGUCGCACCCCCGGCCAAAUUACGAAAAAAAAACUGCGACUUUUAGUCCAAAAAAUACGGUACUUCACUUCACACACUCCAACAAACAUAAUAAAACAGCACUUACUGUACAAUGUCUGCUGACGUUAGGAUGCCGACUGUUCAUAUAUUCCCCAUUUAGGGGAAGAAACCGUGGAAACAAGCGCUUUCCUGUCACUCUCGCCAGGUCUUGGUCCCAAAUGGCGAUUAAAGGGACUCAACUUGUCAGAUUAUAUUCUCAAACCAUCUGCUUUUCAGGUGAGAUGCAUGAUUUAUGACCUACAAUAAGCUGACAGGGAGCAGGGAAGCGAGGAAACAGCAGACCGCCGUCGGCACACAGGAAGCGACCACGGCGCCACGAGAAAUAGUUUGUCUGCGUCAGUUGAUUAAUAUCCAAGUCUCUAAAUGUAAAUUGAGUACCGUUGGCACCUUUUGGAAUGGUUAUCAGAUGUUACUGGCGGAAUAGAGGAGCUCCCUUUGGCUUUUAUUCAAGUUUAUUUAAUAUUUAGAAUGCAUAAAAAAAACAUUUGUCGUCUUUUUUUUUAAAGAUUGUGAACGACAGGGAGAAUUCCAAAAAAAAAAGUGCAGUUCUCCUUUAAGAAAUAGAAGCUAACGUCUGGAAUUGUCCACGCUAACUCACUGGAAGGCCGUGGUCUAAAAGCAGGAUGUCCUUCGUCUUCUUCUUCUUCUUCUUCUGUCACAAGGUGCGAGGGGACGCUUUGAAACUUGAAGCCAAAUGGUGGAUUAUGGGGGGGUUGAAAGGUUUUUAAUGUCACCCCUAAAUGGGGGCAGGGGGGUCAAAGUGCCUCAGUUGUAACAUAACACAUUGUGUGUGUGUGUGUGUGUGUGUGUGUGUGUGUGUGUGUGUGUGUGUGUGUGUGUGUGUGUGUGUGUGUGUGUGUGUGUGUGUGUGUGUGUGUGUGUGUGUGUGUGUGUGUGUGUGUACAUGUGAGGAUUGUAACAAUUGACGAACAUUCUCUCCAUCAUCACGUCGACUCGCCUCCAAACGCCACCUCAGCGAAGGACCUUUUAGCCGUAGCACGGAACACUUUUUCCACCACGAUGCAAACUUCUUUUUUUUAUCAGACACUUGUACAGUUUGUGUGCGUGCGCGACUUUUGUCACCGUCUGUGUCAUAUCUUGUCCCCGUGUUCGGAAAACAGAAAUAAAGGAACAAUUAUUGCAGAUGUUUAGAGAGAAACACUACAGUAAGGAGAGAGAGAGAGAUGUAAAAAUACAAAGUGCCACGGAAUGACGUGCUACUUAGAGCUAUUUUGUUUAAAAACAUGUUUUAGAGAUAUGGACGGGAAAUGUGGAGACGAGUGGAAUAUAUGCAGGGCGAUUGGAAUAAAGUUGUAGCAAGCUGA